AUGUAUAAGAAAAACUAAUUAUUAAUUAAUUAUUUAUUUGCUAAUAUUAACAUUUACUUUUAAAUUAAUUUUUUAAUCAAUUUGGUUGUUAAAAGUAUAUUUAGUUUAGUUAGUUAGUUAGUUGUUAAUUAAUUAGUUAGUUAGUUAUUAGGUUUUUUGUUUAUUAAUAAGAUAGAUAGAUAGAUAUUUAGAUAAAUGAUUAUUCAGUUUAAUGUAUAAUGUAUUACUAGUUUUAAUUUGUAUGGUUAUUUAUUUAAUGUAUCAAUCGAAAAUUGUGUAUUUAUUUAUUUAUUUUUACAUAUAACAAGAUUAAUUUAAAUUUUCACUAUAAUUUUUUGGAGAAUUGCUAUUGAUUAUUUCUUAUUAAUUAUUCAUUCAUUCAUAAAUCACUUUUUAUGA